GACAGUGGAGCCCCACUGUGCAGGUAAACACAGAGAUGUCGGACUCUCCGGAUGCACGCAGCCUCCUCUCUGCUUCCUCACAGCUCAACCUGAUGGAGGUGGACACGAUCGAUGAUAAGGAGUUUGACAUCCCCCAAGUGGACACACCUCCCACACUGGAGAGCAUCCUCAAUGAGCAGCUGGAGGAUGAGGAGGAACCAUUCGUGCUGGAGGACACCUGCUUGUUAAACACAGACAACAUGGAUGCUCACUCCUGUGACACCUCCUCUCUGGCCAGCUCUGACAGCGGAGACCCAGCACACCUCAAACGAAGGAGAAGGACAGUGGAUCUAAAUGCGACCGUCCAUGGGUCUGUUCUUCGACACAGUUUGCUGAAGGGCAUCUCUGCACAGAUUGUCUCUGCUGCUGACAAAGUGGAUGCCGGACUGCCAACAGCUAUAACAGUGUCGGGUGUGAUUGCUGUAGGAACGUCUCAUGGUCUGGCUCUGGUCUUCGAUAACAAUCAGGCUCUGCGCCUCUGUCUGGGUACCAAGGCAACUGGAGCAGAGUUUGGAGCUGUCUCUGCCCUCAGCAUCAACCACGACUGCUCACGACUUCUCUGCGGGUUCGCCAAAGGACAGAUUACAAUGUGGGAUCUAGCCAGUGGGAAGCUCCUGAGAACCAUUACUGAUGCCCACCCUCCAGGGACAGCUAUACUGCAUGUGAAGUUCACAGAUGACCCGACUCUUGCAGUGUGUAAUGACAGCGGAGGAUCUGUUUUUGAGCUGGCAUUCAGGAGGGUGAUGGGGAUGCGGUCCUGUGACUCUCGCUGUCUCUUCAGUGGUUCCAAAGGGGAGGUCUGCUGCAUCGAACCAUUACAUGCUCCUCCAGACUUCAGAGACCAUCCCAUCACACACUACUCUCUGCUGGCUAUGGCCUCUCUCACUAAGAUUCUGGUCAUUGGACUGAAGCCUUCGCUGAAAGUCUGGAUGACUUUUCCCUACAGUAAGUCUGAUCCGUCCAGUGUCCCUCAGCUGGCGUGGCAGUUUGUUCCAGUUCAGAAGACGGUGAACCCGAUCCUGGCGUUUUGUAAAGGAGACACAGUCCACUUCCUCCUGGUGAAGAAGGAGGAGACGGGCACCAUACAUGUCAUCAAACAAAAACAACUUCACCUCAGCUGUGACAUCAUAAGCCUGAGUUGGAUCAACAGUCGGACGCUGGUCCUGGUAGACAGCCAUGAGAAGCUUCAGGUGGUGGACCGGCCCAGUCAGGAGAUUUUGGAGACUCUGGACUUGGAACAGGUGCAGCUCGUCUAUAACAGCCGACAUUUCAAAUCGCUGGCAACUGGAGGGAAUGUCUCCCAGGCUCUGGCUUUAGUAGGAGAGAAGGCCUGCUACCAAUCAGUCUCCAGCUACGCAGGACAGAUCAUCUAUUUGGGCACCAAGUCUGCUCACAUUAUGACUCUAAGGAACUGGAGAGAGCGGAUCGACUGUCUGCUGAAGCAGGAGCAUUUUGUCGAGGCUCUCUCUCUGGCCUGGUCCUUCCAUGAGGGGACUGCUAAGGCUGUGGUUGGCCUGUUUGGAGAUCCAAUGAAAAGGAAGGGAGUGGUGAGUGACAAGAUGGUGGAGAUCCUUUUCCAGUUUGCAGAGCAUGCUUUGAAGAAGUGUCCAGAGCAAGGCAAAAUCCAAGUGAUGGAGCAACAUUUCCACGAUGUGAUUCCAGUCCUGGUAGAGCACUGUCUGCUGCUAAAGAGGCCAGACCUGCUGUUCAACCAGCUCUAUGCUCGGCUGGUGGAGAACAUGGUUGCUAAGGGAGUCUUUUUGGAGUCCCUGGAGUCGUACAUUAUUGCUGAUCGCCUCGGUCAUCUCACCACGCCCAUCAUGAAGGACCUGCUGGCCCAUUACCAUGGCAACGGUAUGAUGGACAGCCUGGAGAGAUGCAUCGUCCAUCUGGAUGUGACCAGCCUGGACAUACAGCAGGUGGUUCAAGUUUGUUGGGAGAACCAACUCUAUGAUGCACUGAUCUACGUUUUUAACAGCGGCAUGAAUGACUACAUUACACCUAUGGAGAAACUCUUUGCAGUGAUUGGCCCACCACUCAGAGCAGGGAGGAGCCUAACAGAUGAGGAAGUGGUGAUGGGAAAUAAACUGCUGGUGUACAUAAGCCUAAUAGCCACUGCUGGUGCCGUCUUUGACUUCCUUAUCCGCCUGCAUUCAGCGGAUUCGUUAGAGGAGGAAGAGGUUUUCCCGUUUAUUCGUACACUUCUCCACUUUGAUACACGGGAGUUUCUCAACGUCCUUGCCAUGACAUUUGAAGAUUUUAAGAAUGACAAGCAGGCCCUGGAGUAUCAGCAGAGGAUAGUGGACAUCUUACUUCAGGUGAUGGUGGACAACCCAGACUUUACUCCAUCCCAGGUGGGCGGUCUCUUCACAUUUCUGGCUCGGCAGUUGGCCAAACCAGACAACACACUUUUUGUGAACAGGAAGCUCUUUGAUCAGGUUCUUGAGUUCCUGUGUUGCCCGGACGAUGACUCCAGACACACUGAGAGGCAGCAGGUUCUGCUGGAGCUGCUGCAGGUCGGAGGUGUGGUCCAGUUUAAUGAAGAACGGCUGUUGGCCCUGGCAGAGAAAGCCAAGUUCUACCAAAUCUGUGAAUUUCUCUAUGAGAAGAAGCAUCUGUAUGAUAAGAUCAUUGACUGCUACCUGAGAGACCCCCUCAGAAAGGGGGAGAUCUUCAGUUACAUCCACAAUCUGCUGUCCAUGCCCGGCUACAGUCCUGAGGAGAAACAAGCCGUCAGCGACAAAGUUCUGCAUCACAUAAAGGAGCUGGUGGCCCUGGACCCCAUAAAGUCAGCUGACCUCGUAAUGUUUCACUUUGCUCAAGAGGUGCAGCAAAUCAUCUCUGAGCUUCAGGAUGACCAGCUGCUCUUUAAGUUCCUCAGCUGCCUCCUGGAGCCACGGGAAGUCCAUCACUCAGAAGCCGUCCUGCCUUUGGAACGUGACCUCCACGAGCUUCUGCUGGACUUACUGUGCCGCUUUGCCCCCGAGCAGCUCCUGAGCUUCCUGCAGACCUCCCAACACUACAGACUGGAGGAGGCCAUACAAAUAACAGAGAAGUACCAUCACAAUGAGGCCACAGCCUACCUGCUGGAGAAGAAGGGAGAUGUUCAUGGAGCAUUCGCUGUCUUGUUAGAGACACUGAAGGAAAAGCUGAGCAUCCUCACUGCUGAGAGUGAGCCAGGAGACAGAGGACAGGGAGAAGAGGAGAGAGACAGAGAAUUAACACUGACCAGAGUCAAGAAUUCACUGAACGACAUCAUUGACUUGUGUCAUCGGAGCUCUGACAGCCUCAACCAGCAACAAAGAGAGGUUCUGUGGUUCCCACUUCUGGAGACCAUGAUGGCUUCUCAAAAACUGGUGAAGGGUCUGAAUGCCGAACACACAUUUGAAGUGCUUAAGGAGCUGACGAUGAAGGUUCUCAACUCGAUGAGCAGCUUUAUUUCUCUGCCUGCCAUCAUCCAGCGAAUACUGCAGGAUCCAGUCUACGGUAAAGGAAAGUUGGCAGAGAUCCAAGGCCUCAUUUUGGGAAUGCUGGACACUUUUAACUAUGAACAGACUUUACUUGAAACAACCACCAGUCUGUUGAACCAUGACCUCCACUGGUCCCUCGCUCACCUGCGUGCUGCUGUCACAAGGGGACUCCACCCACGACAAGACCAUUGUAACAUCUGUCUCCAGCAGUACAAGAGAAGGCAGGACUCAGCUGAGGAGAUCAUUGUGUUCAGCUGCGGCCACCUGUACCACUUCCAGUGCCUGCAGCAGAAGGACUCUGGCUGGGGCCCUGCUUCAGAGCUGCAACAGCUGUGGAGCUGCUACAAGUGUUCAUCCAGCCAAGGAGGAAGGGGCGGACCUUCAGCUGAGCAAAAACGAGGCCGCAGCACGUCCCUGGCACAGACUCGUGUUACAUCAAUGCAUUAUGACGCAGGAGCAGAGGCUCACAGGAAGAAGGUGUUUGUUGAGGCAACGUUGGACCUUCAGCAGGAACAGUCCUGGGAUCAGCUACGUUCUUUAUACCGAGGACCAUCCAGGUUGUCCAUCCUCUCAGAACUCUCCCACGGCCACAGCAGUGACAAGACAGGGCUCCUAAUCUCAGCCCAACCAGGAACAGAGAAUUUCCAGCUCAAACUCUCUCCUCCACCUUUACUGGAGGAGUAACACCUUGACUGCAUCCACCAUGGCUGUAGAUCAAUGUUUCCUUUAUUUUUGCAGACUUGAGUCAAGAGGGACAGGUUAAGGACAGAAGAUUUUGGUUUCUUCUGACUCCCUUCAUUCCCCUAACUAUUCUCCAUCAGUGCGUUUUAGUUGUGGGACAUAUGAUUUAAUAUGAUGUCUUUUAAAAUCUUUAUUUCCAAACAGUUUGAUAUUGACUUUAUAUAGUUGCUCUGAAGAUAAUACUAAAUUCAGCUUUAAUUUCAUGCAUUGUUUCUGUACUACAGCUGGCUGAACUCUACUGCUCUGAUUUGCACGUUGCAGCUGGGAUGUGAAAAGAAAAGAAAAAAAUUCAAAA